CGUAGCGGUUGCGACGCGGGCAGCCCCAAACACGCGUCAAGCGCACCUCCACGCCAUCGACGACGCGGAGAACGGAGGAUCCGAGUGCUUUACAGCGCUAGCUUGCCAGUUUGCGCGCACAACCGCGGGCAGCCAAAGGGCAGCCAAAACCAUGGCCUCGACGCUCGCGGCCAUCAAGGCCGCGAGCCACGCCAAGGACGCGCGCGAGAAGCGCGACACGGACUUCCACAAGACAGCACUCGUAUUAGCAAGGGAGUACCUGCGGGCCAACGGCUACAGCAAGAGCUGCGACGCCCUCGCCAAAGAAGUGGGUUCUGGGUUGGAGAAGCUCGAGCUGGCGGACAACGUCGACUUAGGAGCUGUUAUCAGGGAGUUCGAUGCAUACUACCAACUCAAGCUCGGCCGGCCGCCCAAGCUCCUGAGGAGACGAGACAACGAAAACGAGCCCCCGAGGCCGCCCGGGGUCUACGAGCGGCGGAAGCGCGGGGCGGCGCGAGCCGCGGCCGAGAAGGCGGAACGCAUCGAGCGACCGCGCGAGGCCGGGGAAAGCGUCGCGCUGGGCGUGCUGAAAUCUAGAUUGGGCGUGUCUGGGGGCGAAGGCGCUGUACCGCAGAAUAAGCCCAUGUGGCUGGACAACGACGGCGUCACGGGCUCGAAGAUCGAACCGACGGCGCGGACGCGGCGCGGAAAUCGUGAUUCAACUUGAGGCGGCUCCUGCGCGCCGAUGGCGUCGAGGGGGCGCCGCCGCGACGCCGUCGACGUUACGCGAGCCCUCACCGGUCGCCGCCUGCGCAGGACCGGAACGCGAUCGUCAAUGACAACCCGAACGAGCGCAUCCUCAAGCCGCCUCCCGCCUUCGCAGGAGAUUCAGAACUCCAAGCGCUGGCCAAUGUUAUUCAGCGGGAGAUCUACGCGCCUACUUCCGUGGAGGGCGACGGCUGGGGCGACGUCGUCGGUCUCGAAUCGGCCAAGAGUUUAUUGAGGGAGGCCGUGGUCAUGCCCGCGCGGUAUCCUCAACUAUUUCGUGGUCUGACGGCGUCGUGGGGCGGCGUGCUGUUAUUUGGCCCUCCAGGGACGGGCAAAACACUACUCGCAAGAGCCGUGGCGACACAGACCAAAACGACGUUCUUCAACAUCAGUGCGUCGUCGAUCGUCUCCAAGUAUAGGGGAGAUUCAGAAAAACUAGUGCGAGUACUGUUUGAUCUCGCGCGGUGGCACGCCCCGUCCACGGUGUUCUUCGAUGAAAUUGAUUCGAUCAUGGCGCAGCGCGGCGGCCAGGGCGGCACGGGCAACGAGCACGAAGGGUCUCGGAGGAUGAAGACCGAAGUACUCAUUCAGAUGGACGGCCUGUCCAAUAAAAAUUCGUCAGAUAUGGUCUUGGUCCUGGCGGCGUCGAACUUACCUUGGGAAUUGGAUGUUGCUCUCUUGCGAAGACUCGAGAAGCGGGUCUUAGUGCCGUUGCCCGAUCAGGAGGCUCGGAGGCAGAUGGUGUCGUCGUUCCUAGCCGGGAGGGUCGGGGAGGACUGUCAGCUGGAUAGUUACGCGUCAGAAACAGAAGGCUACUCGGGCUCGGACUUGCGAUUAGUCUGCAAGGAGGCGGCCAUGCGGCCCGUGCGGCGACUCGUAUCUCAACUGGAGGCGAUGGAGUCUUCUAGAGGAGGCGAGGCCGUGCCGGACUCGGAAGUGGAGAGGUUGAUGGGCGCGAACCGCGUGACGCACGACGAUAUGACUCUGGCGAUGAAGGGCACGAAGCCGUCGGCGAAGCUGUUCGCGGACAAGUACCGGACGUGGGAGGCGAACUUCGGGUCGUCGUAAGGUUUUUGUGGUAGGUUGUUUUUGGGGGCCGCGCGGCGCGCGUCGAUGGCGUCGGAGCAG